GUAGAGGACCAGAGGUAACGUUUACGUUGUUAAAAGCAAAAUACAAAAAAGACUAAACACGAGUCAUAAAAUCAUCGUAGCCUGAGAUGAUGGUGAGGCUACUGUCAAAGACAUUCCGAUCCCUGAAGCCUCAUAGUUGUCUACCUAACCCUACACCACCAAAAUCAUCACCACUACAUUCCCAAUCAUCGAAUUCGUCACCAUCAACAUCCACCUCAUUGAAAAGAUUGACAUUGUCGAAGCAAUCAUGGUGCGUAUAUCUCAUCCUCUCCACCGGCGACCCAAUCAAAACUUACGUUGGUGUUUCUACCAAUUUCUCUCGCCGUUUGAAACAACAUAAUGGUCAACUGAAAGGAGGUGCAAAGGCCGCUCGUGCUGGAACGCCAUGGGUUUGUGCAUGCCUUAUUCGAGGAUUUAAGGAUCAAAGUGAAGCUUGCAUGUUUGAAACAAAAUGGAAAAGUUACUCGAGGAAACUGCCUCGUAAGAGGAUAAGUGAUGAGAUGGAGAAACCGUUAGAUAAUGGCUCACUUCUGCUGUUGCAACACAGGCAAGCAGCUCUAAAGAAAGUUAAAGGUUCAAUUGAUUGUGAUCACUUAGAAAUUGACUGGCAAUUGAAUCCUUCUUGAUUUGACAAUUUUCAUUUUUUUUCUUCAAAUGUAUAAUCUACUUCAGUUUUUUAAGCAAAUUGAAGUUGAUAAAAAUGUUAUAUAUUAUGGGCAUAUGUAAUUCCUAACACCUUCAUGUUUACUGGUUAGUGUUUGAAUAAGGCACUAUCAAUGUAAUUGAGUAUUUCUAUUUUAUAUAAUGGGGACCCUCUUUUUGGUCUA